AUGGGGUUAAAAAGCUCCUACUGGCUUUUGAUAUCUUUCAUGGUGAGCGGAACUCUUGCCGGGGAGUCCAGCUCUGAGCCUGCUGGCCCAGACACAUCUCUCAGGCCUGUCCUGGCCAUAAUAGAGGACGAGAGGCAGACCAUGACCGAGGGUCAAUACAAAUGUCUUGAGCUGUUCAGCCGAGACCAGCAGCACAACAUCACAGGUGUGUUCUGUAGUCGUAUGUGGGAUGGCUUGUUAUGUUGGGACGAGACUCCGGUGGGGACCUAUGCCACACAGAACUGCCCAGACUACCCCGGCCUGGACACCACUGGAAAAGUGUCAAAAUAUUGUGAUGAAUCUGGUAAUUGGGUCCAAAGUCCCUUCAUUAAUAAGACCUGGUCCAAAUGUCUGACGUUCUCCAAGGAAAAAUUAAAGAAGGUGACUCCUCAUGGUCUGCUAGAGCCCACUGUGGAGACUCCAGUCAGCCCCAGGGUCAGUCAGGAGGAGGAGGAGAGGAAGAAGAUCAUCGACGGUCAAUACAAAUGCUUUGAGAAGAUGAACAGAGAUCAGCCGUAUAACAAAUCAGGGCUGUACUGUAACCGGACCUGGGAUGGCUGGCUGUGCUGGGAUGACACACCUGCUGGGACAGUCACCUGGCAGAACUGCCCCAACUAUUUCCCUGACUUCGACUCCACAGAAAAAGCUACAAAGAUCUGUAGCGAAUCAGGACAGUGGUUCCGCCACCCAGACACCAAUAGGACGUGGUCCAACUACACCCUGUGUAACUUCCACACUACAGGCAAGCUGAAGAUGGCCUAUAUCCUGUACUACAUGGCGAUUGUGGGUCAUGCCUUAUCCAUAGCCUCCCUCCUGAUCUCUCUGGCCAUAUUCUUCUACUUCAGGAACCUGAGCUGCCAAAGGAUCACGCUUCAUAAGAACCUCUUUGUUUCCUAUGUCCUCAACUCCGCCCUAACUCUCAUCUACCUCAUAGCAGUGGUCAACAACCCAGAUGUAGUGGGAAGAAAUCCAGUUGGCUGUAAAGUGUUGCACUUCUUCCACAUGUACAUGUUGGGCUGUAACUACUUCUGGAUGCUGUGUGAGGGGAUCUAUCUGCACACGCUCAUUGUGGUGGCUGUGUUCGCCGAGGAGCAGCAUCUACACUGGUACUACCUCCUAGGCUGGGGGUUUCCCUUAGUGCCUGCAUCCAUUCACGCCGUGGCGAGGAAGAAGUAUUUUGAUGACAACUGCUGGAUGAGUGUUGAGACCCACCUGCUCUACGUGGUCCACGGUCCCAUCAUGGCAGCGCUGCUCGUAAAUCUGUUCUUCUUGCUGAACAUCGUGAGGGUGCUGGUUACUAAGCUGAGGGACACCCACCGGGCAGAGUCAAACAUGUACAUGAAGGCAGUGAGAGCUACCCUGAUCCUGGUCCCUCUCCUGGGCAUCCAGUUUGUCAUCUUCCCCUGGAGGCCAGAGAACCGCCUGGUGGGGGAGGUCUACGACUACAUCAUGCAUAUAUUAAUGCAUUACCAGGGGUUACUAGUGGCAACGAUAUUUUGCUUUUUCAAUGGCGAGGUGCAGGCGGCUCUGAAGCGACAAUGGAUUCAGUACAAGGCCCAGUGGGGUCAGCGACGGAGGGACCACUGCUCCAUGCGCUCUACCUCCUACACCGCCACAUCAAUCACUGAGGUGCCCGCCUUCAUGUACCACCACGACUGCAACAGCGAACACUUAAACGGCAGACACACCUGUGAGGACUCUGAGCUGGUGGCUCUUAAGACAGGGGAGACGUAUGCCUGACAAGCGGGAGGCAGUCUGAGUGUCGGAGGAGAGAAGAAUUAGUAGAGGAACCAAGAUGGAGCAUUUCUCUAAUAUCCCGCCGCAGUUCCACAUUUCAUAGAUAGAACUGGUGGGUUCAGCCCCAGACUGUGAAGGAGAAGACAGUGUGUGUCUGGACCGUGAUAUCUCUCCCAUGAAUUGGCCAAUGAUGGCUGAUGCUUCAUUUACAUGACAUUGCUGCUGCUAUGGCUGCUUAUUAAAAACACUAAGAUAUACAGUACAUGAAACGGGAGCCGCGUUUGAAAUGUGGCGCGCCCUAAAGCUGCUAUCUGUGGGACUCUUAACACAUCAUGGGAAUGUUAAGGAUGAUUAUAAUGAUGAUGAAGAAGAUGAUAAUUAGAAUGACUAUGAUGAUUAUUAGAAUGAUGAUGAUAAUGAUGAAACUAUUGUUGCUUUGCCUAUACCAAAGGGUGUGUGGUGUGGGCUGCCAGUAUGAGAGGCAUGCUCUGUGUGAACUGAAUCCAACACUGAAGAGUUCCCCUGAAGGUCACAUACUGACGGACAGCACAGUGCAUGUGUGUGUGUCCAUGGCGACACGAGGUCAAUGGUUUAAAAGGCUUCCUGUGCCUAAGUUCUGGAAUCCUGUAAAUAAUGGUUCACCACUUUCACUUUAAAAGUGUCAAAGUGUGUUUUAGAGGAUUUUAUUUUUAUGACUAAAUGUUUUUUUUUCUUGCCAACAACUUGCUCUUUAAAUACUUUCUGUCUGUUUCGUGAAGCUAGCGAGCAUCUCCAGACUGCUUACAGCUGCUGACUGUACUUGCGGUGUGUUUCUGUCACAAGGCCUGUAUUUAAAGAGUGCAGAAGAUACAGUAUGUCUUGAUAUGGGCUCAAGAGAGAAAGGAUAAAAAGGAUUGGUUAACUUAGACUAAAAAUAAAAACAGACUGAAUCGCAUAGGUCACGUGUUCAUCAGACACACGUUUGAGAACCACCUGGCUCUUGGGAAUAUUUCCUGUGAAGUCUGUUUGACGUGGCCAUUUGCCAAAAGGUCUCAUGUGAAGCUUCUAGGAUUCCACAAUAAGCGUUAUUUUAUGUUUUGUGCUUAAAUGAAAGCCAUUCCAAUAUGGUGAAAUUAUUUUCUCUAUGUCAUAUCAGUUAUGAAUAGGAGAGAAGAAAAAACUGUAUGGUUACCUGCAAAAAUAAUCAUAUAAACAAUAACAAUAUACCAUUUUUCAAAGAAAAGUCUUGACAAUCUAGGCCUAUGGAAGAUGUUUCAAGGUAAAACCCUCGUUUCCCCAGGCAAUUAUCUAUAUCGAAACCAUAAUUACCUUGAAAUAGCAUCCUUCUAGUGUACAGAAUCUGUCAAUUGGUAAGAAAAUCAUUCUAAUUGAGGGCUAUUUGAAAGAUUCUGUUGUCAUUUCUCUUGUGUGAAUACUAGUGUAUUUUCUUUCAUUGUUUAUUAUCACACACCUACUAUAUUAUGCCCUUAGAUUAUUAUACCCUUAGAUCCGAAAUGAAAUCUCCACCUAUUCUCAAAUGUAUUCCUUUGUCGGUUGUUGGUUCCAUGUAGAGACCUUUGUAGAAGGUCGGCCUAUGUAGAACCCUCAGUGGAAAGGUAUAACCCAAAAGGGUUAUAACUGGAACCAAAACGUUUUUUUUUCAACAGGUUCUCUGAUGGGGACAGCCAACAAACCCUUUUAGGUUCUAGAUAGCACAUUUAUUUCUAAGAGUAUAGCACUAUGCUAGAUAGAUACCAAGACUUUAGUAGGGUACCGAGGACAGUCGAGGGGACUCAUUUAUAACACUUUUUUUUAAACCUAUAUUUAAUCCUAAAUUGUGCAUACAAUGAAAUUCACAGCAACAAUGUGAUUCAUACAUCUCAAACAAUUUAUACAUGAGGCCUCAGGUGCCCAGACCCAUAGCAGACUAGUCUGGAUUUGAAUGCCGAAGACACAUCUUCCUUUGGGGACAAUUAAGCUUAUCUUACCUUAGACCCUGUCAAACUUAUUGUGCCAAUCUAAUUUAUUUUACAGCUUCAAUUCCUAUUAGGCCAAGAUCAAAUAAAUCUUUACACUUAUGCCAAUGUUUAUACUGAAUCCAAUGUCUUUGCUGUUGUUGGGCCAUCAUGGUUGAGAUGGAGAAAAUCAGUUUGAAAUGGGAGAAGGCCAUUAGAUGAGGUCUCAAUAGGCUCUAUUCAAUCUGGAUUGAGGAAGUUCGGCGUUACAGAGCGAUUGAAAUGUACAGGAAACGUUUCCUCAAUCGGAAAUUACCUUUACAUUUCUAGCGUGCAUUCUGUAAGGCUUCAGCGAUCCAGAUUAAAUAGAGCCCUAAGAGCCCAUUCUGUAAGGCUUCAGCGAUCCAGAUUAAAUAGAGCCCUAAGAGCCCAUUCUGUAAGGCUUCAGCGAUCCAGAUUAAAUAGAGCCCUAAGAGCCCAUUCUGUAAGGCUUCAGCGAUCCAGAUUAAAUAGAGCCCUAAGAGCCCAUUCUGUAAGGCUUCAGCGAUCCAGAUUAAAUAGAGCCCUAAGAGCCCAUUCUGUAAGGCUUCAGCGAUCCAGAUUAAAUAGAGCCCUAAGAGCCCAUUCUGUAAGGCUUCAGCGAUCCAGAUUAAAUAGAGCCCAUUCUGUAAAACUUCAGCGAUCCAGAUUAAAUAGAGCCCUAAGAGCCCAUUCUGUAAGGCUUCAGCAAUCCAGAUUAAAUAGAGCCCUAAGAGCCCAUUCUGUAAAUCAGAGAAGGUGUUAACCACUGUGAAGUCUUAUAGAUGAUUUAGAAAGGUUUUGAUCCAUCCAUAUUUUAAAGUUGAUUUGUUCUGGAUAUGAACACAAUGUUAAAAGUUGUUUUUUUCUUCAUUUGGAGGAUGAUGAAUAUUUCUGUAUAUUUAGUAUGUUCAUGGCUUUGUUGUCCAGUGCCCAUGUCAACAUGACCGCAAAGUUUGUGUGUGUAAUAGAUGUGAAAUGUUCUGACCACUGUUUUUGGUUCUUUUGUUUUGCUUGUGUUUGGCUCUCGACCUCUAAGCUCUUUGUGUGGCGUUACUUCAAACAAGAGAAAAACUUUUUUUUUAAUGCACAAAUCGACCAGCUUUUUGUUUGAAAGCUAUUGCAAUCAGAAAUAUAUUGGAAAAGAUU